AUGGCGGUGAGCGAGACGGCGCCCCAAGCCGACGGCGGCUCGUCGACGACGGUCGACCAUCCUCCCCCGACUUCCUCGACCUUUACCUUCCUCGCGCCGACGCCUUUCUCGUUCGAGUCGGCGGCGGUCGAUGAGCAGAGCUCGCAUGCCGGUCAGGGCUCGAGCGUGGCAUCGUGGGAGGGCAGGCCGCCGCGUCGAGGCUCGUCGGACGACUGCGACUCGCCGAGGCGCUCCCGCAAGCGUGUGUGCCGCCGCCCGCCUUUCGACCACGUCCAGCACCUCUUCCCACCAGCUUCCCCGCCCCUUUCCGGCCCUCCUCAGCAGCAGCCGGCCGCUCGCUCGCCCACGCCAAGCUCAUCUGACGAGAUUCGUCGACCACCAUCAACCUCGGGCCGCCAUUCGCCUCACGAGCUCGCGUUCUACGCCGACUCGGCGAGCGACUUGAGCGACUCGGGCGAGGACUCGUGCGGCGCGCCGUCGCAGCCCCUGUCGGACGCCGAGACGUCUGGCGAGAACCAGCUUCGUCGCACGCCUCCUCGCCCUCACACCCUCGCGCGCUCUACCCUCUCGCCCAUCGACAACACGAGAUCGACCGACUCAAGCACGCGACACGGCCCGGCACCGGGCGCCUCGCCGUCGUUGACUCGCGCUCGCUCGACCGCGCCGCGCAGAAUGUCUUCGCCGGCCCGCACCGCUCUCGCCGCCAGCCUGUCGGCUCUCGACCUCGUCUCGACGUCGGACAGCGACUCGAAGACCGACUCGGCGGCGCUCGACGAGCGCGAGGGCAUCUCGAGCGACGAGUGGGAGGGAGCGUCGGUCGAGGAGGAGCAGGUUUGGCGCUUCGAGGAGUGCCCGGUCGGCAGUUUUGCGUCGACGAGCGCGACGGCUUGCGUCGGCGCCUAUCUCCCGCAAGUCGGCGAGCGGCUGCAUCUUGGUUCGCUCGCCAUGAACAUCAUCGCGGCGUCGGGAAACGCCGGCGUCUAUUUGAGCGGGCCCAUCAUCGGCUGGGUCGUCGACCGGCGCGGCCCCCAACCCGUCAUGGUCCUCGCCGGCGCGUGCCUCUUCAUUGGGUACCUCGGCCUCGCGAGCAUGUACAACGGCGGGCCAGACGGCCUCUACGCGGCGGGCGGCUUGCCCGCUCUCGCGCUCGGCCAGCUCCUGACCGGCAUCGGCGGCAGCGCCGGGCUGUCGGCGGCGCUCAAGGCAACGAGCCUGUCGUUCGCUCAGACAAGUCGCGGUACGGCCAUCGGCAUCGUCGUUAGCGGGUUCGGCCUGUCUGCCUUCUUCUAUUCGACGAUCUCGCGCGCCCAUCUCGUCGCCGCGGCCGACCCGACGUCGGCCUUCCUCGUCACGCUGGCCGUCGGCUGCGGCAUAUCGAUGUUCCUCGGCGCCGUCUUUGUUCGGCCGCCACCGCCUACGUCGGUCAGCCCGUCGGCAGCCCUGUACGAGCCACUCGCGUCGUCCGCCCCGCACGGGCACGAUGCGCUCUCGUCAGACGACGUGCGCGGCCUGUCGCGCUCGCGCAGCCACUCGCCAGCGUCAGCGCCGCCGCAUCAUCUCGCAGACGAGUACAGCCUUCACUCGGGCAUCGUCGUGCGGGACCGCGACGACGAGGAGCAGGGCGGCCUUCUCGAAGCGGACCGCCCCGACUACCUGCGGCGGCGCAGCUCGACGCCGCUCCUCGGCAAGCCAGGCGACGACGGCGAUCUACGAGGCGGCGGCGGCGCGCACGGCGCGGGCGACCUCGACGUGUCGGGCUGGACGCUCCUGCGCACGACCGACUUCUACCUCAUGUUCGCCUUCCUCGGCUUGUGCAGCGGCACGGGCCUCAUGUGGAUCAACAACCUCGGCACUCUCGUCGUCACCCUGUCGCCUCCAGAUGCCGCACCGCUCGACGUCGCGCUCGCCCAGUCGCGCCUCGUGAGCCUCCUCAGUGUCCUCAACUGCGCUGGCCGGCUCGCCGUCGGGUUCGCGAGCGACUUCUUCACGCAUCGCGCCGGGCCGGCGCGCUUCCCGAGGGUCUACUGGCUCGUCGUCCUCUCGGGCGUGUUCGUCCUGUCGCAGCUCGUCGCCGGGCGGGCCGAGCGCGUCGAAGACUUGGCGCUCCCGACGGCCAUCGUCGGCGCCGCGUACGGCAUGCUCUUUGGCUCGUCACCUGUCGUGUGCCUCGAACGGUUCGGCCUCAAGUUCUUCUCGGGCAACAACGGCUGGCUCAUGCUCUCUCCGUCAGUCUUUGCCAACUUCAGCAACCUUCUCUUUGGCGCCGUCUACGACGCCCACGCCUCAUCUCUCGCUCCCUCGCCCUCCCUCUCCUCUCCCUCGUCGUCAUCGUCGAUCGACUCGACGAUCUCGUCUCUCGCGCGGCGAGCCGGCACGGCCCCGCCUGCGCAUCGGUGCACGCUCGGCCGCGAGUGCUUCGCGACGGCAUUUCGAGCGACGACGCUCAUGAGCCUCGCCGCCGUCGGGCUCGCGUGCUGGAUCUCGUCGAGGCGGUCCUUUCAGCCGGUGUACCGCUCGUAG